GGAGGAGGGAGGGACGGACGGACGGAGAGAGAGACAGAGAGAAAGCGCGCGUGAGUGUGUGUGAGAGAGAGAGAGUAUGGUUGUCCGGUUGGUCCUCGUGCUCCAUGCGCCCAUGCCAUCAUCGACGCCAUCGAUGACCAAGGUGGUUCAGGUUGAUGAUGAUGCUGCUGUGAGAGAGCUUGUUCAGCUGGCACAAGCACGGUUUCCGGCGCUGGCAGGAGUGGCAUCAAGCGAGCUGGUUGUGCGGGCGGGACAUCGAUACGAUCCGCUGCCGCAUGGGGAAUCGCUGCAAGAGGCGGGGCUGGAAGAGAAGGCUGUGGUCCAUGUGGGGACUGAUGAUGCUGUGCUGAUGGGCAUGUACGAGACAGAGUGGCGGAGCAAGGCCGAUGGCGACGAUGUCAUUCUAGAGGGCCUGCUCGUCAAGUCGUCGGGCAAGAGCAGGCACAAGGGCUUUGACACUCGACUGUUUCGGCUCUUCCACGAUCGGCUGGAGUACUACGCGGUGAAGAAGGGCUGGCGUCGCGAGGGCGAGGUCGGGACUGGUGGUGGGAACGAGCCGGUGCUCAAGGGCAUCAUCUGGAUUGCGUCGAUUGUAACCAUCGAGUACCCCUCACGGCUGUCGUCGCCGGCGGCGGUCCGCGAGCUCAACGGGUUUGACAUUGCGACGGUGACGCCUGACGGGAUUUCAGCACCGCAGCAGUCGCGCGAGCCGCCGCCGGCCCGGAUCUACACCCUGUACUCGGCAGGGACGAGCGAGAUAGGUAAGGGUACCGAGUGGAAGAACUCGACCAAGACCAAGGCCAAGGGCAAGGCGCUGUCGGCCAAGUGGCGGUCGGCGGUGGGCAAGGCGUGGCGAGCGCAUCCGACGACUCUGCGAAAGGCCAGCAUUGUGCCGCCGCCGCCGCUCCCACCGCCGCCGUCUGCACCACCCAAGCCUAUUUUCCGCCCGGCGGUCCUUCAGCUCUCCCCACUGGCGGGGAGGCUAACGCCGCAGGUGAGCGUGCUGUCGGCGCUGGAGCUGGCGCUGCCGUCAGGUACGGGCUCUGUUUGGAUUCUGGGCUCGCGCGACGGACAGCUGGCGGUUGUACCUGGCGGUGAACGGGCCGCCGACGGCGCAUUCCAUCACGCUGUCAACCUUGCUGCAGUGGCGCUACCCGACUCGACGUCGAUGGCGGUGCCGGGCAAGGGCACGACCAAGCCGUCCGACGAGAUGGGGCCUGCCGUUGACGUCGACGACCACACGCUGUCUGCGGCAAACCUGGUCCUGCGGGCGAGCAUCAAGCGCGGCGUGUUUAUCACGAUCCACAGCGUGGCGCGGAUGGUGGGGCUGUGGAAGCUCUGCUCACGGGCGCGACCUAAGCUUGUGCAUGCGACGUAUGUGUCGUCGAGCGCAGCAGCGUCGCUGGGCGUGGCUCUUGUCGAUGCCACGAGCCGGCUGGUGUUUGUGGCUUCGGGCCGCAACGUGCUCGCCUUUUCGCAGGGCUCGCUCAACUUGCUACUGACGGUGCCUGCAGCUUCGCUCUCACCGGUAGCAGGCCUGGUCUUUGGCCUUGUGGCGGGCACGUUCUGGUCGAGUGAGGAAAACGACGCGACAAUCCAUGUGUGGGAGGUGCUGCGGCUCUCGUCGCGGCGGUUCAUCUACCAGUCGGUGGAAAAGCUGACCGGUGGAGCCAAGACCUCGGGCUUUGAGCCGUCGACCGGGACCGCCAUGCGGAUGAUCGGCGGCCGGCUGCUGCUGACAGCGGCCAAGGACGGCACGCUUACGCUGUGGGACAUGGCUAGCCGGCGACAAGUCGGGCGGCAGGCCGCAGUCCGCGGCCUCGUCACUGCCGUCGACGUCCACGUUAUGACCCUGGCCGGACGACUGGCGGCCUACGUCAUGGUCGGCACCGGCGGCAUCCGUGGGCGCGCCAUCACCGGGUACCGGGUUGGACUCGAAGCAAGCGGGGAUGACGGGGCACUUGACUCGGACUCGGACUCGGACUCGGACUCGGACUCGUCGUACUCGGACUCGGAAGCAGAGGCACGCAAGGCAGCGCGACCGCUCCGGAUGGGCUUUGCUGCUUACCCGUACGUGUCGAUCGAGGGCCUCGGGACCAACGUUGUCCAGCUCAAGGCGGUACCGGAUGCAGGUGAUCCGGAAGGGCCGCCGCUUCUCCUCGCGCAGCUCCGAAGCGCGCUUGUUGUGCUCGAUGCCGCCACAGGGUCCAAGGUCGCCGAAGCCUCGCGGGUCUUUGACAGCGGCGAAGGCAGCGGCGAGGGCAUUGAUGGGACGGCAGCGAUCCGCGGCUCUCGCGCGCACCCGGGCUCACUCAUCGUUUUCUCUGCCAAGGGCCCUGCCUUGCUUGAGGAUGUCAACACGACACUCGCCGGUCCGCUGCAGAUCCUCCGCGACUUUGUCAGCACGUCCGAGCAGGCAUACAUCAACGCGCUGGAGGUUGCCAAGGCCGCCCGUAGCGAGUACCGAACCAUCACCGCCAAGCAUCGCGAGCAAAACGAGCUCUUUCAGCGUGCGGUAAUGAAGAAGCUGCAGUAAGGUU